CAAAUAAAUCAUACAUAUACAAAGGAGUCAAAAAAUGUUUCAAGAGCACAUUGCUAAGUUGCUAACACAAAUACACAAAGAUCCAAACUUUAUAACUAAAAUCCUUAUCAUAAAAUGAAUCACCAUUUAUUAUCCACAUUAGUAUAAUGUCACUCAUCUCGGCGGUUACACUUCACCUCACCAGCUGCCUGAAUCUCCCGUCUUCAAUCUCUCACCGCCCAUCGCCGCCGCAACCUCCGCCCAUCAACUCAUACUUUUUCUCUCCUCACCAUAACCUCUAAAACUUCAAUCCAAAAAUUCAAAUUCCCAGAAAAAAAUAAUGAUUCUCUCUCCUGCAAAUCUCCCACAAACACCCCCAUCUUCAUCCACCCAUUUUCUCUCUCCUCCCACCUUCAACAAACCCCCAAACUCCAUCUCCUUCCCUUCAAAACAAACCCCACUUCAAAUUCUCUCUCCUCCUCUUCAAUGUCACAACCCCCAUUAUUCUCUCUCCUCCGACAUCGAUAUGGUUCAGACUCGAGAUGGGGUGUUCGCCCCAAAACAAACCAAAGUGGUUGUUUUGUGGGAUUUGGAUAACAAACCCCCUCGUGGGCCCCCCUACGACGCGGCCGUGUCGCUGAGAACGCUCGCCGCACGGUUCGGCGAGGUGGUCGACAUCUCCGCUUACGCGAAUCGGCACGCUUUCUCGCAUCUUCCUGCACGGGUCAUCGAGGAACGCCGUGCGCGGCGGCAGAUGGAUUUUCUUGAGCGUAAAGGUAUGAUCAGCCCAUCUCAGCCUUAUGUUUGUAGUGUAUGUGGUAGAAAGUGUAAGACUAAUUUAGAUUUGAAGAAGCAUUUUAGGCAAUUACAUGAGAGAGAAAGGCAGAAGAAAUUGAGUAGGAUGAAACAAUUGAAGGGUAAGAAGAGGCAGAAGUUUAAGGAGAGGUAUUUAGAGAAGAAUUAUAAGUUUGAGGAGGCUGCUAGGACUUUGAUUACGCCUAAAGUUGGGUAUGGUUUAGCUAAGGAGUUGCGGCGAGCUGGGGUGUUUGUGAAGACUGUGGAGGAUAAGCCGCAGGCGGCGGAUUGGGCAUUGAAGAGGCAGAUGAUGCAUUCUAUGAGUAGAGGGGUGGAUUGGAUGUUCUUGGUUUCGGAUGAUUCGGAUUUUCGAGAUAUGUUGCGGAAGGCAGGGGAGGCGAAUUUGGGGACCGUUGUUGUGGGGGAUAGGAAUGGGGUGUUGGGAAUGCAGGCUGAUUUGUGGGUUCCGUGGGGCGGGGUGGAGAAGGGUGAGGUGAGCGAGAAUGAUUUGGUGCCUAGGAGGAAGGAAGUGGGUGAUUGGGGUGAUGGGUUGUUUUCAAUUUCGGAAUUUGAUGAGGGUGUUGAAGGUGGGAGUGACUUGGAUCAGAUUGUGGAUGAGCUUGUUCUUCCGGGUGGGAAGUCGAGUGCUGGGAGUGGGAGGUUUUCGGCUUUUUCUGAGGGCGAAGAAGAUGAUGAGGAGUGGAUGGAUGAUGAUGAUUAUGAUACAGAUGAUGAUGACGACGACGACUAUACCUUUUAAGACGAUUGUAGGAGGAAGGCAGAUGAUGAAAUUCCACUUAUUGCAGCUGCUGCGGCAGUUUUGGUGUGUGUAUAGGCACGUAGGCAGGACCAAAAAUUAUGAAGGCAUUGAUGGUGGAUUUUCUGAUCUCAUAUGUACUUAUUGAGAUUGGAUUAUUUGUUUCGAUUAUGAAGAACUUUAAAAUUUAACUCCCUUGGAUUGAUCACAUAAGCUCCCAACUUCUACCAUCAAAGGAGGUUUGAUCAAGGCUUCAGGUUUUGAAUCACAGAAAAUGGCUUCAGCUUGUCUUUGUUGGCAUCAAUUUUAUGUCUUUUCCGGCAAAAGACUUGUAUAGAGAGCAAUUCUGUAGGAUACAUGGGAAAAUGUUCCCUUUAUUUAUGUGCAUUAUGUAUAUGACAAAUUGUUUUGGGUCUUAUUUGCUCUGAUCCAUAUUCAUUUCAAUUCCAUAUAUAUAAGUUAUGCAAAUAUUGCUUAGAUUUCCUUUCACUGGUGUGCAUAUAGAAUUCCAAUUGCCUACUGCAACUUGUGUUUUGAUUUCAGUUGCAAGGUAAAAUUGAACCGAACAUACUCUGCAUUCAGAAUUU